CAAGUCGAUUACCACUCGUGGUGACCGCAUCUGCUGUUACACAGUAGAACUGUUCUGUAGGGUUUUCAUGGCUAUUAUCUUUAAUAGAAACAGAUUACCAGGCCUUUCUUCUAAAGCACUGCUGGGUGGGUUUGAACUGCCAACCUUUAGGUUAGUAGAUGAGAGCAAACAGUUUGUGCUACUCAGGGACCUUGAAGGAAUUUCCAUAACUGGUAAUAAUAUGAAUAGUUUAUAGUAAGCGGAUAUUCUUUUUUCAUAAGGCAUGCUAGUAAAAUAGGAGUGUAUCUUUCUCUGUAAGCCCCUUUCCCCUUCUUUUUAGUUUUCAUCUAUUUUCACGUGUAAAUUUAUCUAACAGCUCCAUAGACUUUUCCCCCACCUUCCUUUCUCCUCUAUCACAUUAUAAAAUUAUCAUUAGUUCCCGUAACAGUUGUCAUAACGUCCUGCCCCAGUGGACUCUGAACUAUUUUCUGUGAUUCAUUUUUCGUAAGUGCUAAACUUUAACCAGAAGGCUCCGGAUAAAAGGCAAGACGGUGCCUCACGCACAUAGCCACUUUGACAGGGUUUCUUAUUGAAUCGGAAGAGACCAUGACCUGCUGUGAAGGAUGGACGUUCUGCAAUGGAUUCAGCCUGCUGGUUCUACUUCUUUUAGGUAUAGUUCUCAAUGCAGUACCUCUGAUUGUCAGCUUGGUGGAUGAAGCCCAACUCCUUCAAAACCCUAUCUCUUGCUUUGAGUGGUGGUUCCCAGGAAUUAUAGGAGCAGGUGCGAUGGUCAUUCCAGCAACAACAAUGUCCUUGGCAGCAAGAAAAAGAGCAUGCUGCAACAAUAAAACCGGAAUGUUUCUUUCGUCGCUUUUGAAUGUCGUCACAGUUGUUGGUGCCGUGUACUGUAUACUGGUAUCCACCCAGGCUCUCUCUGAAGGACCUCUCUUUUGUAACUCUCCAGGCAACAGCACUUUCAGUUGCCAAUUUUCCUGGAAAAACUUAAGUAACAUUCAUCCAGAAUCCUUCGACCUGCAGUGGUUUUUUAAUGACUCUUGUGUACCUUCUACUGGUCUCAGUAACUCCAACACAGCCAGUGGCGGGAGUAAAUAUGACCAGCACAUCAAUCCCACAGAAAACAAAUACAAGAUCAUCCACAUCUCAGCAUUUACAGGUCUACUACUUGUUGGGACUCUUGAGCUUCUGUUUGCGCUCAGUCAGAUAGUCAUCGGUUUCCUUGGCUGUCUGUGUGGAGGAGUCUCUAAGCGGAGAAGUCAAAUCGUGUAGUUGUAAUGGCAAUAAAAUGGAAUUGUGAGGUGUCUGAGUCAUCUGAGAAUUACAUUUAAAACACACUCUCCUAGAAAUAUAAUAAUGGAACAUUAUCUAGAAAGCUGCAUGAGUCAUUUUAAUAUAGAAAGUUGCUUUUAAAUUCACCCUAGAGGUAGCUUUAAAGAUUAAUCUUUCACAUAUAAAGAAUGCUGGUAUAUGCAUAACAGGUUUAUACGAAAAGUCAUCAGUGGUUGACUUUGGGGAGAAGUGGAGAAAAGUUUUCAAUUUAUUUUGUAUCUUUCUGUACUGUGUACUAUUCAAAUUUUGUAACUAUAUUCUGUGUGUGUUUGGAGAGAAACACAGAGAGAGAGAACAAACAAGAAUGAGUAGGAGUUAACAUUAAAAGGGUCCUUUAUACAUUUACUUCCCCUAUGGGGCAGUUCUAUUUUGUCCUAUAUGGUAGUUAUGAGUUGCAAUUGACUCGACAACAAUGGGUUUGUUUUUUAAAUACUUUCACUUCAGGAUAUCCUGAAUAUAAGUCUUUAGAACCAAUUCCCAGCUUACAGGAAAUACAGGGAAGAGGAAGCACUCAGAUAAACCAAAAGGUGGGUUUAUCUGAGAGUAAAGAGGUAACAGCUCCCUUGUUUUCAACAAAAUGUCACAGAAAAAUAAAAGGUGGAGUGGGUUAAGGGAGCUGUUCUAGAUUAAAAGACCAAAGAGACAUGAUUCAAUCAAACCUAUUAUCUAGACUUUGUUGGGGAUAACUGAGGAAACCUGUACAUGAAUUGGGCUAGAUAUUAAGGAAUGAUUGUGAAUUUUGUUAGGUCUGAUAAUGGUUUUAUAAUAAUAGAGGAAAAUGCCUUUUUUAGAAAUGUAUAUUUAUGUACGUGGGGGAAAAUGUCAAGUUUUUAAAAUAUUUCAACAAAAACCUGUUAAUUGUUAUAUUUAGGUGAUGGGUAUAUUGUGAUUAUACUUUUCUGUUUUCCUAUGUUUGCAUUUUUAUAAUAAUAAUUAAAAAAAACCCUAGAAAAAAUACAAUCUUUCAAAAGCUAGUUUCUAUAUAUGACAAUCUUUAAAAGAUAGGAUACACAAGUGUCUUUGCCAUAUUAAAAUAUUAUAAAACAGAUAAAGCUAGAAAACUAUAAUUUUCUCAACGUGAUCACUACUGCAUUUUAUUUCAUUCUUGCGUUUUCAGUGUUCACUGGGUUCAAGUUUCCAGAGAGAAUUUACAAUACCAACUCUAUGGCUUCCCAAAUAAAUCAGCAACAUCAAGAACUUAAGCCUUUUUCCCGAACCCAUUUACUGUAACAAAGACACUCUCCCUUCGCUGCCACGAAUGUGUAUGUAUCCUUAAGGUCUAGCUUACAUAUGUCCUACUUGAGGAAGCCUUUCCAGAGGGCAUGAUUCCAAUAGACUAAGUCAGCACUUCCUCCCCAAGCCACUAUUACCAUACUUGUCACAAUAUAACAUAUGCAUUUU